AUGUGCCGCCGAUACCUCAGCUUCGUCACCCAGACUAUGGACAAGACACUCGAGGACUAUUUUAGUCUGUUCCGCCGCCUUGCGAUGGUGGACUUGCUGCUUGUCGUCGCAUAUGGUGUGCAGGUCGGUAUCAACAUUUCGCUCCUGGUCGGCGACCCCGACACAGAGAGCUCCGUUGGGACGCUUCUGCUGGCGCUCGGGGUCUGCGUGGUCCUCAUCUGGCUCUGCGACGCGGCGCUGGUGACGCUCUUCGGCUUUCGUGUGCUCGAGGCCUCCACCAGCGACUCCGUGCGUCCAGACAAAGUGCAGGAUCUCAUCCAGAGGAAGCGACUCUGCCUUGUGGUGUCCUCCUUGGGACUUGCCGUUUACUUGGCCCGAUUCUCUGUGGAGCUGUGGCAGGCCAGAGAGCGAGGGCUCUUGGACACAAUGUCACUGCCCACCUGCAUCCUGGCGCUGGUGCUGCUUGUGAAGGUGCUGCGGCUGCUGGCAUUGAACUCUUUCAGCCACUGGGUUAGGAUCACAGCCGGCAAUUCCAGCGUUUGA